AUGUACAUAAACUUUGUUUUUAGAAGCAAAAUCGCCUCAUCUGACGUAGAAGAAAUUCAACAAGAAGAUAAACUGUCUCGAUAUUAUUUGUCACAAAUUGAAAAUGUUUCCUCUCAAAGAAGCGGAUCCGACAUUCUACUGACUUGGAAUGAAGUACCUGACAGCAACGUUCUAUACAACGUAGAAAUCCUCUGUGAUGAUGUGAAACUUGGAGAGACUCACACUACAGAGGUUUCUCAGUAUAGAAUGAAGUCACCUAUACUUGGUAAAAGAUAUCGUUUCCAAGUCUGGGCCAAGGAUGAAUGGGGUAACUCCUGCAUCAAAACACAGUCCAAGAAUGUUAUAAAAGUGGAAAACGUUGAAGUUGCCGGUGGCUCUAUGAGGCUGAACGAAUGCAAAGUCACGUUUCCUCGUGGAACAUUCAACAAACAAACGAAAGUCUGGAUGUCGGUUGAAAUAGACAAUUCAAUAUGCCCUGAAGAAUACAUUGGUAUCACACCAGCUUUUAAUAUCAGUGCAGAUUCUGAAUUCCUCAGAGAUGCGAUAGUGCAAAUCCAGUCGUGGUGUGUUGGUCUAGAAAAAGACAAAAUUGACAUACUACAUUUUUCAAGUAAAACUGACUGGGACAUUAUAAAUCCCGACCGAAUCACAGAGAAUAACAGCAUAGAAUUUCGAUGCAGGAGGUUCAGUCGAGUUAUGGCCAUCAUCAGGUGGUUGCUAUUUGGAACAGUUGAGCUUCUUAUGGAACAUCGUCUCUAUAUCCUAAACAAUAACCAAUUUCAUUUUGCAUUUUUUUCAUCUUCUGAGACUGUUCAGAACCUUGUUAGACAUUAUUAUAAAGACCUAGGGGCACAACUUGCUCCUAUUCAUCUCCCCCAAAUCCUGUUACAAACUGGAGACAAUAUACGCAUAAAACUCCAAAUUGACCGUGGACCAGAAAAUUUACAUUUCGACUUUCCUGAUGGCCAUACCUUCCUGGCAAACAAAAAAUUCAUGACAAAGCAAAGAAAUGAAUACAUGUUCCGUCUUCUCCCCCCUCUGGACGAAUAUCCUCAACGUAAUAUCAGAUAUGAGAUGGUUAAGGAAGGUGAUGAACCCGAAUUUUGCAAUCGUGAUUUUAAUUUUCCAUUAAAACCAAAAGAACGCAGAGGACCUCCACCUAUCCAUCUUGUUGAUCGCAGAGUAAUUACACCUAUCAACCUUGCUGGAGCAAAUGUUGGGAAUGUGCAUCUACCGGACAGAGGAAAUCAGAACAAUCAGCAAAUAGGGCAAAAUGAACAAGAAGAAGUUGGUGCAGUAGGUGGCAACCAAGCAAUAGAACCACAACAGAAUGAACCAUUACAACAACAUGAAGGUGAUGACGAUUCCGAUGAUCUUGGCUGAAAACUACCUCAAAAGAUUAAACAUUUCCCAGACUGAACACAUUCUAAAGACAUUGCUAAGAUACGAAUGUUUCAUCAACAUGUCGCAUACUGUUACUGUCGUAUAUUCAACAUUAAAUUUCUCCAAUAAUCUCAGACUGAAUGCCGAAUGAGCCUGCGGUUCAUACCUUAAUGCUGCAACGUGUUAUGCACAUGUGGUAAAGGGAUUGAAUAUUAACUCUUAAAGACUGUUCCCUGGAUAGUCAAUUGUUCAGUAAUUGUAGAAUUUAGGCAGAAAUGUUCUAUUUUUUUGCGUGACUUUGCAUAGACUUGGAUUGUGGAAACAUAGUUAGGGCCGGUUUUAGGCUGAUUUCUUUGAUUUCAUCAAAUUGGGCCCGCUCUACUGGGGGUCUUUUUUCUGUAUUAUUAGAUGUGCUACAAAAAAUUAAAGUUUAUCCGAUUUGAACAAAAACUAUACUAGUAGAUAAAUCUGAGUGAAAUUAAAAAAACAAUACCAAUCUUGCAAAAAACGGUCAAGAAAUAACGGAGAUAUCCGCAUUUUAGUACCGCCCGUAAGGCCAUUUUUCCUCCAUAAGGUUAGCAUUACGCUGACUCGAAAACUGAGACUGCGAUAAUGUCAGACAGCCAAAUAACAAGUUGUGUCUCCACUAUUUUUCAAGGUAAUCGAAUGAAAUUUUGAACAAAAAGAUGAUGUGAAUAGAAAAACCUAGUAAAUAAAGUCAACAAGUUCUGAAUAAAUUAGCUUUUCGAAUGAAUUAUGUACGAUAAAAUCUACGAGCAGUUCACAUGAACGCUGAUUGGAAACGGCCUUCCCUGCUAUACAGGUCCAGAUAUACGUGACAUACCCGAUUUAGCGCUCCUAAUAUCCCGCCGUAUUCAUUGAACAAUUUAUUUACCAUUUAAUUAAUAUCCUCGAUAUAAAUGUUUACCGCAUUUGCGGAAAAUACAAUAAAGGCAUCCACAUUACCUUAAAUUUAUUUUAUACCAAACAUCUAUAAAUAUUACUAUAAAGAGUAGGGGCCCUGUCAUCAAAUUUCUAAUUGGGCCCCACAGAUCCUAUCACCGGCCCUGAACAUAGUAACGGACUCUUGGUCACCACUCUUCAGCAAAGAUUUCAGUCAUCCCUCUCAAGAUUUGACCUCUUGAACAUACAGGGGAAACCCUGGUAGCAUGAUAUGUAUCUGGGUAGCCAAUAACCAUGGCAGGAUGAGUGUUUAGGGUAGCCAUUACAAUCUGUUAAAAAAAACGUCAUAUUUAAUAAAUCAGAGCAUUUUGUGAAAUUCUACACCAAAUCCUGAUUUGUAUGUUUCCUUGUAUUUCUAGAAAUUUUUGAUUAUUUUUGCUUAUUCUUUUUGAAAAUUUCGUGCUGCAUUAAUGCUUUAUUCUUUAAUGUACUAUUUUAGUUAACUGCAACAAACUCACUUUGAGCUUUUCCAGAACUUCAGUCCAAUAUAUUUAAUAUGUGUAUUGUUUUUAUGUUGGCCAGAUUUAGAAGUUAAUAUGUAGUUGGAAUUUUUAUAGUAUGUCGACUUUCAAUAUUUGUGUCAUGUUUUUCUCAUGAUUGACAACUGCUGUUCUCAAUCUCGCUUCAUUUGAAUCGCCCUAAUUAUUUUUACUGUAUAUAGGUUUUCUUUGCAACUUUGUAUAUUUGCUUGAUUUUUAAAAUAUAAAAAAAAAGCCUCAAAAACUCAAAAAAAAAA